AACCUGCUUACCUGCUCGCGUCCUGCUCUGAGGCGGCAGCGGCGGGUAUGAGCGUCACCAUGGCCCAGCAGCAGCAGCGCUCUGGCAGGAUUGCGGAGCUGGUACAUUUGGAGGACGAGACGAUGGGAACUCGGCAAGCGAGCGGCGGGUUGAGGAGUAUCUCAGAUGAUGACUACAAGGGCGAUGGUGGCACUCGUGGAGAGCAGUUGCUGAAGGAGGGGAGGUGCUUGAGCAUGGAGAGGCCGCUGCUGCCGGGAACUCCGGAUGGGGACGUGCCAGAGUUGAGGACGCUCUUGAGCCAUGGGGAUGUUGAGGAGCAAGGUGACAUCAUUACGGGCUCUGGCAUUCAGCCAUUUGUGGCCCCGAGUGAUAAGGAGAGCGACAGCGAAAAGGACACAGCGGUCAGCAAGGCCAGAGGGGCUGAGGGAUCUUCGCGCGUCUCUGCUUGGGUGGACAGCGAAGGAGCUUUCUACCAGAACACGGUCGCUGUCAACGUUAAGAGUGACGAAGAGAACUCCGACGAGGGCACUGCGCCCGGCCGCCGUGCGUCACCCGGCACUCCCACGCUCAACGCUGUGGCGGGGCGAAGCAGCGGCGGCCGACACCAGCAGUGGCCUUCCAAUGAGCUAGACACUGUGAAGGAGCCACCACUGGGGUCCGGACCCAUGGGUCAGGAGGAGGUGCGGGCUGUAGAUGACGACGCAGCCAGCGACGGCGGAC